CACCAGCUGCUUUCCAUUAGUGUUACACACACACUCGCCGGGAGGGCAGCACAUACUGCUUCAGGCACUGCUGAAUAGCAGAAAUCCUUCAGAAUCAGUCAGACAGAGGCUUCUCAAAGCAGACUAUAGGUACUGAGAGUUCAGCCCACUGGGAGCUGUCUUCUAGCAAGCCUUCGCUGGAAAGCUGAGUGACUAUAUCAUGGCUACGGGGCCAACAGAUGUCAUACAGUCACCUGAACCAGGGGAGACAGCCGAAGAGUACACAGGAAAGAAAAAAUCCAGAUUUCAGACUUUCAAGAACUUCUUUGCCAAGAAGAAAAGGAAAGAACCUCCACCUCCCAGAGGGGAGAGUAACUUAAAACCUAGCCAGUCCAUCAGGGACGUCAGCAUCUAUGUGCUCGAUGCUAACCCACUUCAUUCACCGAAGGAGGCUGGGCCCAAAGGAAACAUGGGAAACAAAGCCUUGUCGCAUGACAGUGUCUUCAUUUUUGAGUCCGUAUCAGGAAGUGCAGCAGAUGACACGUCAUCUCAGGAAUGCAUACCUGGAAGAGUGAAAACUUUGCAGCUUCAGCUGCAGCAAAACAUCAGGCUUGGAUCUCCUCCACUUGUUAUCACUGGAAAGAAAACGGAAGAUGCCGGCACAGUUUCGGAGGAUGAUGGAUUGCCCAGAAGCCCUCCUGACAUUUCAACCCUUCAUGAAGUUCUGACCGAUUCACCAAGCAAGUCCUCCAACCCUGUUCAACGUCAUAGCUCUUUGAGUUUAGGCGGGACAGACAGUGAAGAUGAACAGAUACCUUCUGGAGAUUCCUCCAGGCCCAUCAGUCCUUCAGCCUCUGCUGCUCCAGGGGCUGCAGGCUCACGGGGCAGCAGCUCCCUUCCCAUUGACUUCACCAUCCCUGCCAGCCCCCUGGGCUGCCUGGACACCUCUGCUGCCCGGCACCGCAUUGCCAUCAACCCCCGGAGACAGAAGGGCUUCACCAGCAAGAGCCAGCAAAGCCAGGUGGAACACAUAGAAAAAGAAGCAUGCCUUUGUGAAACUCCGGAAAAGAAGGGAAAUCCAACAGAAUUACUUGAAAGUGACCAGCAUAAAAGCGAUUGGGAAGGCUUAUCAGCCCAUGUGGAGCAUGGUGAAAAGGGAGGUGGUUCUAAGGAGACACCAAGUGUAAAAUGUCCUGCUGAUGCUGACCCUGACUCCUACAGUUCCACACUUAUGGCAGAAGACUCUUGUACUCUGCUGCAAGAAGAUGCAUGCCUUCCAGAUGUGGACCGUCACUGUAAUGCAGCCACAUCUCUUCUGAGACCUGAGUCUCCUCCAGUGAGCCUGGGGGAACAGCACAGUGCUGCAGUGCCGCAGUGUUCAGGUGAGACUUCUGGGGAACUGAAUUUACAUCAGCAAAAUACCAAUAUGGAAGCAUCUGCACUUCCAAAAUCUCAACAAAUUGAAGCAGGAGCUGUUGUGCUUCCAGGUGUACUAGCAGCUAACUUGUUUAGCAGUGGCACUGAAAUGGAGAGUAUAACUGCAUUGGCAUAUGUUGCACAAAACUCCCCAGCAAAAUCUGUGGACCAAAAUGUCAAAGACCAGGAAAAGGUGGGUACACUAUUGAUUGGCAAAGCAGAAGCUUCUCUGGGUAUUAAUGAGAGCUGCUCCAACCAGUCUGUCUUAAAUACCACUCUGAGCACUUCACAGGUUGCUGUAGCUGAUUCAGAGUGUUCUGACGUCAAGACAGUGGAUGUUUUGAAGUCUGACAACAGCUCAGUAACAAGAAAUGACAGUGAAACUUGUGAAAAAACAGAAUUUCAGCCAUCCAAAGGCAGUGCAGGAAAAAAAACAGACACUGCUGCGUCUGUGUUAGAAGCAGGUUGCAUGCUACCUCCCAGCAAAUUGGAACUAUGCCUUAAAGCAGCAAUACCUUGUCCUGUUUCAAAGGAUAACCAUGUCAGUCAGCAAACCUGCACAUCACAUGCUUCUGAAAAGCUUUCCAUUGAAAGUCUGGCCUCUUCAAGUUUGGCUGGACUGACAUGUAAUGUCUCUUCUAACGAUGACUGUAAGUACCAAGUAAGCAGUGCAGCUUCUCACAGGAAACCAGAGAAAGACAGUCAGUCCUCAGAAGAAAAUAUACAAAGUCUGCUAAAGACUGCUGCUGCGAAGCCAGUUAGGUUUACCAUUGCACCUGCAUGGCAAAGAUCUCUCUCGGGGGGGUCAAAUUCAAAGGAAGAUUCCUAUAUGAGAAGUUCCCCAACCUCCCCUGUAAGACCAGAGUUAUUUGAAGGAAUAACAAAACAACAUGCAGUCAUCCAGGAUUCCAUGAAAAAUAACUCCAACAGAUUUGAUCGAGAUUGUAGGGACGGUGAUUUGCAUUUGAAUUCUUCUCUGGAGUGGGCUGACCAUGAAGCAAAAAGUGUUGAAAAUCCUUUUGGGGUCAAAUUAAGGAGGACAUCUUCUUUACUGAAGUACCAGAGUGAAAGCCGUGCUGAGUCUCCAAAGCUGCUCCCCUCAGCUGCUCCCACUGCUUCUGCUGCAGUCAAGGAGGAUCAGAAGCCAGCGAGCAUUGGGAAGCCAUCUCCAAGCCUUCCUGUCAGCACAACAUCAUUUUUAAAACAAGCUGAUUUAGAAGACAAAAGUCCUGCCAAGACAAGAUCAGAAGAAGGGACAAAGAAGCAAAAUGGUACUAAACCUUCAGAAAAAGUAUUCUCUCUCCAUUUGGAAACUGCUUCCUCCGAGCCAGCUUGGAUCUCCGUGGCAAAACUAAAACAAAAGGGUUUCCAGGACCACCCUCUUGCCAAAGAACAGAAGGCUGAAGAGCAAACCUCGAGCAAAGUUGAUCAAGAGGAGCAAAUCAUCUGUGGUAGUGAGAACAUACAGAAGAACAUGCCUUCUAGCUUGAGGACUCAGGAGAAGAAACCACAAAUGAAGACCAGUGUGUGUGCUGCAGCAGGUAAAGUUGGACCUAUUGCUCAGGAAGCAUCUGUGAUUCCUGCUGUUGAAAAGGAAACAAGACACUCUUCUAACCUGCCAAUGACACCAUGCAGUCCUGCUGAACCACCCUGGCUAUCCCUGGCCAAGAAGAAAGCCAAAGCAUGGAGUGAAAUGCCCCAGAUUGUACAAUAGCAAAUGACAUGGACGUCCUUCUUUGCACCGUCAAUAGCUGCAUUAACUCCAUUUAAAUCCUUCUUCACUGGGAUCAUUUUUCCGAGAAAUUAGAGCCUUAGAACUUUUGUUCAGACUGCUGUAUGUGAACAUACAGUGAAGAAAUGCCACCCGGGGCUCAAUUUUGAAGUAUUAGCAAGCAGAGCAUUUUGUACUACCAACUACUAGGAAAACUUGAUCUUUAUGUCAUACACUUACGUAUUUGACUAAAAGACACUGGUGUUCUAAGAAGACGUGCUUCAGGCUUUUGAAAUGUUUCCCUUGCUAAAUAUGUUUUUAAAGUUUCCAUGAACGAUGUAGUGUUUUGUGCAAUGUGUUUUUGGCUAAGGAAUUAAUGUAUGCUACAAAAUAGAUAUGAUGCUGUAUACUGAUGCAUCACUGUGACUCAUGGGCAUUGAUGUCAUCACACUUGUGUGUAAUGGCCCUCUUUUGCUUCUGAUUGCUAAUGGACCUAUUUUGUGAUAGCUGCGGGUUCCAAACAGCAGCACUGUGAGUUGGAGUCAUUUUGCCUUUUGGAUGAUUUGAAAUCGCAAUGCUGCAGGUCUUGUGCUUUGCUCAGUGAUGCCAGGUGGAAUGACCCAGAGGCACAUGCCUCCUUUUCUCUCCCACAUCCUAGAAAACCAUCAUGCUCUAGCAUCCACUCUGUUUUUGGUUGUCUGUUUGGAAAUCUGGAAUAAUCUACCAAAAAAACCCACAAACCAAACCCUCAAAAAACUUCUUCCUUUAAUUAUGGCAAAGAGUGGUUUCUUUUUUGUGAGAUUCAUCAGCAAACCCUCUCUCUUAAAGAGUGGCAGCGGAUGGAAACUUGUUGCUACCUGGAAAUUCACAGCAUGUGUUCAAAGGCCACUCCAUUUUCCACAUUCUUGUAUGAUAAAGGAGCUGCUUUCCCCAGUGAGUCAUCCACCCUUAAUUGGUAACCCAACAUCAGUCUAAAAAUGCCAUCAUUGAAGGGAGCAGGCUAUUGAAAGAAAAGCUUUAUAAAAUGAUGUUAGUGGCUUAAAAGCCAAUGGCACCCAGUGGUCCUUUUUGUGUUUUCUUGCAGGAUUGCACAUUUAAAUUCUUGUUUACAGUCAGUGCAAACUUUGAAGGCUGACUUGGCUGAUGGGCAGUUUUUAGUUGGAAAGGUGGUAGGUAUUUUUGAGGAAAAAAGUUAGGACUAAUUGCAAAACAAAAAAGAGGUAUCACAUAGGAAGACUUCAAUCUUCCAGUCCUGGCUCAAAUUUAAAUAUAUAGAUCACAAUAAUUGAAAACAGUAUUAAUUAAGAGCUAGAUUGUGGACUCUUCUAUAUAGGUGAAAACUUACUCAAGUAGGCACACUGAAGCUAUAGAUUCUGUUUGUUUCGUACUGACACAAAAAAGACUAAGAGUUUCACUGCUGGUUUGUUAAUCCAGGCCUAUUUUACUACUUGUUUUCUUUCUCUUAACAGCAAUUUCUUCUUUUCCUCUGAAGCCUUUGAGUGUAACAUAAAUGGACAUACUCAGCUUUGAUUUCUGAAGUUCUGUCCAGCUGCCACCCCAUCAGACACUUACUGACCCCGUGUAAAAUACAUGUAUUGCCUUAUUCAGCAAACUCUUCUCUUUCAGUUAGUGGGAAUUGUGGUCCUUUCCCUAAAGUACCGCAAAUGUUGCUAGAAUCUCUGCCCUGUUUUUGCUUUUGAUUUUGUUUCCAUUAUGUUUGGUAUGUACAGAUGCUUUUGUAAUCCUUGUCUUGAAGGAACCCCUUUUGUAUUCCAUUCUCAUUUUUAUUUUACUAUUAAAUGUGGUUGUCAGUGGU